AUGUUGACCGACACGACAAUAGAUUUGGCCCCGGACGGGCGACACACAGCAGAUGGCAGACUAAUUGUAUACAAGGGUGAUGUUAUUUCCGAUGAUUUAGGAUUAAAUUACACACUUCUUGAAAAACUUGGUUCAGGUAACUUUGCUGAUGUAUAUUUGGCUAAGGACGAUAGGUACAACCAAUAUUACGCUUGCAAAAUUGUAAAAUUGGAUUGCAGCGCAGAUUACGGAGCAAUAGAGGUAAAUCUCAACUUGAAGCUUCAAAACUUACUAACUGACGAAGAGAAAAUGAACAUCGUACAAAUGGAAGGGUGUUUCACGUAUGAGGGUCAUGCUGUUAUCAUAUACGAAAUUUUAGGUCAAGAUAUGUACAGUAUCCUACAGAAAAACAACUUCCGACCGAUGAACCUUAAAAUGAUACGUCUUAUUUUCAAGGAUAUUGCUAAAGCUUGCCAAGCUUUGCACAAAAAUAAGCUUAUUCAUGCAGAUAGCAAGCCCGAAAACAUUUCGCACAUCAAGAAUACAAUAAUUUCCAAGCUCGUUGACCUUGGUGGUAUCGUUGAAGAGGAAGAAUGUUUGUCUGGUUAUUUCAUUACGAGAUAUUACAGAGCUCCUGAAAUUGUCUUAAGUUAUCCUAUUACAACAGCAGCAGAUAUUUGGUCUCUUGCUUGUACAAUUGCCGAAUUGGCUCUCGGUCUACCUUUAUUCUGGGCUGAAAAUGAAAAUUUCAUGUUGAGAAGAAUGUCAAGAAUAAUUGGCGAGUUUCCUCAAGAAAUGUUACAGAAUGCUCCUUUGAAGGAUAAAUUCUUCGAAAACGGAACAUUUAUCGAUGAAUCUACUUGGUGUGCAAUAAAUAACCGUCCGCAGCACAAAACGCACUGUACGUACCCUGGUGUCAAGUCAUUGGAUGACUUUGUCGUUCAGGGAGAUCCGAAUAGCGCAUUAUUUUGGGAUUUGCUGAAGAAAAUGCUUGUUUUCGAUCCGAAGAAGAGAAUCACUGCUCAAGAGAUUCUUCAGCAUCCUUUUAUUACAAGUUCCAAUUAA